AUGUUGCAACUUAUCAAUGGUCGUUUCCCCAACAUAAAUGCUAUCAAUAAGUGCUAUCCUCACAUGAUCAGUCCCAGGAGCACUUUCAAAACUUGUUCUAUGACUGCAUUUUUAAGCUCUUUUCCUUUACUAUCGGGGUCUUCGUCGAGGCAGAUAAGAAAAUUUACAUGUUGUCACCCCCUGCUCAGGUGCAAACCCUUGCUUGCGUUCUUGCUUGCUUCUAGGAGUGCUGCUCCGAGUCCGAUCUUGCUUGUGCACGCAUCUUCCAGGACGAACUCAAGUAGCCAGAAGCGUCCGAUUCCAAACCGGGAUCCUC